AUGAAACUGCACGCAGAAAGUGUGCAGGAUGUUGCCAGUGCCUCCAAUUUCUUUGAGGUGAAGACUCGGCACCUCCACCUGGAUCUGACAGUGAACUUUGAAGCCAGGGAGAUCCGUGCCUGGGCAGAGCUGACGUUGGUCAGUCUCCGGGAUGAUCUGCAGACAGUGUUCUUGGAUUCUCAUGACACACUGACCAUCAGUGAGGUCAAGGUGAAGGCCACAGGUCAAGCCACAUUUUCUGUCCAACCAUUUGCAAACUAUGGAAGCCAGCUGGUUGUCACUUUAUACUUUUAUCACUUUUGCAGAGUGCAAAAUCUUUUCUUCACUUCUAACUCUAUUGGAAUAUGUUUGGUUCAUAAAGUAAAGCCAUUUUUAUACACCCAAGGACAGUCAGUGCUGAACAGAUCUUUCUUCCCCUGCCAGGAUACACCAGCAGUGAAGGCCACAUACUCAGCAGUUGUUAGUGUGCCAGAUGGCUUUACAGCAGUCAUGAGUGCAAAUAAGAGUAGUUCUGGGAAAAGGUCGAACCGGGAACUCAGCACAAAUUGUGUUUUCUUUGAGCAAACUAACCCGGUGCCAGCGUACUUAGUGGCACUUGCUGUGGGAGAUUUACAAUCGGCCAGUAUUGGGCCACGGAGCCAUGUGUGGGCCGAGCCAAGUGUUCUGGAGAGGGCACAGGCUGAGUUCAAGGACGUUGUCGAAGACUUUCUUCAGACUGGGGAACGACUGUUUGGAGAGUAUGUCUGGGGGAAGUAUGACAUCCUCGUUAUGCCACCCUCCUUCCCUUACGGAGGAAUGGAAAACCCGUGCCUGACCUUCGUCACCCCAUGUAUUAUUGUCGGAGACAAGUCGCUCACCGAUGUAGUUAUCCAUGAAAUUACACACAGCUGGUUCGGCAAUCUGGUCACCAACGUCAACUGGAGUGAAUUCUGGCUAAAUGAGGGGUUCACCAUGUACGGACAGAGGCGUAUUGAAGAAGAACUGUAUGGGAAAGCCGCUAUGUGUCUGGAGGCUUUGUCUGGCCAAGCUCUGCUUCGUAGACAUAUUGAACAGGAUCCAGCUGGGCCACUGACAAAGUUGCGAGUCAUCAUCGAGAAAGGAGUGGACCCAGAUGAUACGUACAAUGAGACACCAUACGAGAAAGGUUUCUCUUUCGUCUGCUACCUUCAAAGUCUGGUCGGAGAUGUCCACAAAUUUGAUGAGUUUCUCAAGGCUUACAUUCAAGAAUUCAAAUUCAAGAGCAUUGUUGCAGAGGAUCUGUUUGAUUUCUUCUUGAAUUAUUUCCCUCAUCUGCGUGACCAAAGAGUCCAUGAAAAGCCAGGAUUUGAGUUCGUCAACACUUGGUUAAAUGCGCCUGGUUGGCCACCCUUCAGCCCAGACCUGUCGACGCACGAGGAGUUGUCUGCACCAGCCAAACAGGCCGCUGAAUUGUUCUCUCAGAAACAAGAUAUAGAAGAUUUGUCUGGCCGAGUUCCAGACUUUGAGAGCUGGGGCACCUACAAGAUCAUCCACUUUCUGGAUAUCCUCUCAGAGAGAUCUCCGCUGGCUCCAGAAAAGAUCCGACAACUGUUGCAGCAUUGUCCCUAUUUGUCAGCAUCGAGAAAUGCUGAG